AUGGCGGAGAUGGCGGAAGGGCGAACUUGUGAGGAGUGGGAGUACCUCACUAAGUUAGCAGAGCAAGCGGAGCACUAUGAGGAGAUGGCCAUGUUCAUGAAGAACCUCGUCCAGUGCUUCUCACCGGGUGAAGAGCUCAUGGUGGAGGAGUGGAGCCUCUUCUCCGUCGCUUAUAAGAACAUGGUCAGACCUCACCUAGUGGCGUGGAGGAUCGUCUCGUCGAUCGAGCAAAAGGAAGAGUCAUUCCGGAAUGAGGAUCACAUUGUGCUUAUGCGCUGGUACUGUGGUCGGAUCGAGAGCGAGCUGAGUUCACGAGGUGAGAGAGACGAGAUUAUUGCUAAUGCAAAAAAUAGUUUGGAGGAAGAUUCCGAAAAAGAUGAUGAUGAUGAUGAUGAUGAUGAUGGCAACGAAAAUGAAGAUAUUGGUAAAGAUGACGAUGAUGAUGAUGAUGAUUGA